AUGCAUCAUCACAUCCCGUAUACAGUAGUCACCUUCCUCCUCGGACCAGGAGAAGAGCCGAUCCUCGUACACGAAGCUGCCAUCGCGUCAUUGUCCCCCACUCUGGUAACUUUACUUCGAGGUCAAAUGAAGGAGAGCCUUGAAGCCAAAGUCGUAUGGAAAGAUGUCAGCAAAGAGACAUUCCAAGCUUUUGCACAGUUUGCAUACACCGGAGAUUACUCCGUACCGCCUCUGAUGUUACAAGAAGAGCUGACCAGCGUGGUCGCAUCCGAUGAGGCUCGGAUGGACAGUGAAGCCCCUGCUGAUGUGGGUUGGUCGUUCGGGUACGGGCAAAAGCCUCAUGAGGCUCAAGCUGCAAGCAUGGUCUCUUUCCGAUCCAGAAACUACGCGGUGGCUGAACCCCGCUCCAGGUUCGCGGCUAGCUGCAACGCUACAGUCCUUCUGGGGCGCCCAGAUAACGUCCUCGAAGUGCUUUUGUUACACGCUGCACUUUACGUACUUGCAGAAAAGUACGGCGUCGACUCCUUGCAAAGCUUGAGCUUACUCAAGCUUCACAAAUCGCUAACGUUGUUUGAACUGUCCAAGAGGAGGGCACCCGAUAUGGUGAAGCUCCUGCGCUACGUGUACUCUGAUGAAAAUACCUUGGAUCAACAUCCACUCAUCGAUAACCUUCGACGCAUGAUGUGUGAAUACGUUAGUGAUAAGGCACAAAUUUUUAGGGAUGACGCAUCAUACUUGGAACUCAUGUACGACGGGGGUGCCUUUGCUCGUGAUAUUUUCAGGCAUCUAGUCGUAUCCCCUUCGAGGGUAGGACUCGAGCAAACAUAG